AUGGAUCACAUAUCCACGCUCUGUGCCUUGAGCACUGUCGGGAUUGCUCCCACUGGUCUCGCGCUUGGCCGCGUCGAACGGAGCAAACCAAGCAUCUUGCGACGCAAGACUUUAUCCCAUGAUCAACCACUACCCAAGCUUAGCGAAGCAACCCCCGUCGAUGUGCGCCCCAAAACAUCGCGAUCGAUACGACCGAACACCGCGCGGGCGAGUUGGACCCUGAGUGGGAAUGACACCGAUGGAAGUGACAGUUCGCGCGGUCUGAAAUCAAAUGGGUUGGAGAGUAGAAGAGCGUCUCUAUCCUUCGGCGCAGCCAGACGUCGUCGUCGCGGUCAAACACUCACCAGCCCGCCCCUACGCAUCCCCGAGAACGAACCCACCGAGUCGCAUUCUCGAAGGCCUUCUACCGGCUGGCUCCGACGCCUUUCUAUAGUAUCUUUUCAAACCGAAAGCCCGUCGACUAAUAGCCCGGUAACCCCGUCCUUUAAUGGAUCUGCCAGUCCCAUUCUCCCCCGUCCAGCAAGCCAACGGAGGUCUCCCAACAAACUUAUCAAGCGGACUUCAUCACAACAUUCAAAUGUUCACCCCCUUUUUGUUAAUACUUCUGUGUCGCCUGCUUCUGCUUUACGGAGACCGGCCACCAGCCAUCAGCGCUCAGAUUCCGCACGAUUACAGUCCCCACUUGUCACAGAUUUCGAAUCCCGGUUCUCAGAUUGUUAUUCAUUUGAUUCUCCGACAAUUGAGGAUUUCGAGCUUCAUUCCCAAGAUGACUGGAAGCCUUACUUUCUACCAAAGUCGGAAGGAUUUUCAGACAAGCUUGCUCGAAAACUACCCGCUACUGGGACUCCCAUGUUUCCAGGUGUGCGGCGAAUAACCUCCGAUCAGGACAGCCUUCCGGCCUUGGUCCUCGCAACCACAGCAAUGAAUAGACCUCUUUUCCAUACCUGCAAGCAUACGGAACCUGAAACCCCGAUCGAAUUCCGGAAUCCAUUCCAGACCGAUGCAGCUGAUCGGAUCACCCCUCUUCCAACACCCCCACCAGAGAAACCAAUUCACAAGCACUCCUACUCCAUGAAUGAUGCGGAGCCUAAGAAAAUGAUUGUGAAUACCGUCUCAGCGUCUGGAAACCCAGUUCUUGGACGACCUCGAGGUGGCUCUCUCAAACGCGUAAAGGGCAGAACAUUCUCUAUUCCUCGAUCAGAGCUUUCAAAGCUAGAGAAUGCAAUCCCAAGCUCGCCUGUCCAACCGCAACGGCGUAAUAUUACCGACCCCAGCAUCUUCCGCCGGCCGCAAGAGCUCUCGUCACCCGGCUCGUCUCUCAACCCCUUCGCGGGGAAUUAUCAAGUUGGACCUCGAUCAGUAUCACAAGAUUACAACAUUGGUUUACGCCGUCAUCGUCCGUUGACCUCAGAUGCCAUUGCUGUAUCAGCUUGGCAACAUUCCUGCCAACCAAAGAGCGGCACUUACUCGUCUCUGCGUCGUCGUCCCAAGAGGCAUUCGAUCGCUGCAUCAGACCCGUCCUCCACUGUGAUCGGAUCCGAUGACACCCGCGUCUUCACAUCAAGCGAUGAAUACGAGACCGAUAUGAUGACGGAUUGCUGGGACUCAAUACGCACACGUGAGACCAACGUAAGCGAAUUGAAGGGGUUGAGGAUAGAGACGAUGUUUGACAGGGCAGGAACGCGAUUCUUGAACGAGGAAGUCACCACCCUAGAGCAACUUCUGCCGCGGGGUUCAUUUGCGUCACGUAUGGAAAGAGACCCGCCCUUGUUCCCUGAUUCUCUUCUCCCCGCCGUCCCUCUUCAUGUCAACAUUAAUGAUACCGCAACCUUGUCUGGGGAUGAGGAUGAAACGCUCAGCAUGAUUGGGGAAUUGCCUGGGAAAGAACACACCAUGUCCAUACAAAACUCUUCAGUCAUGUCGAUAACGAAUCAGCCAGGGCAGUCCAGUUCAGACCUUCCUUCCACCAUGAUUGGUUAUGGUUCAUCAACUGAAGCAUCAAAUGUGAACCAAAAGAUGAAUAUCUUCGACUGGUCCGAGCAGUCACGCAAUGACCGAGACAUGUCCGACUCCGAAGCACGUCCAAGAACUGUACAUGGUAAACAAAAUGGUAUCGACAGGGGAAGCCGAGCGGCCUGUCGCAAAGUUCCCUCCGCUGUUCACCUUCGAAGUCAAAGUGUGCCCGUGGCGCGAGACCCAGCAACCAGUGAAUCCCGUCAAACAUCAGGUAAGUUUGGCACCUGGGGUUUGGGCAGCAAGGGCGUGAGUGAGGAUUGGGACAGUGAUUUCGACUUUGACGAUGACAUGGAAGAGGCAACUCUGAGCCAAGACACAAAGACAACCGAGUCGGAAGGUCCUUCUCAGAGUAUGGCUGUUCCCCAGGCAAUUUUGGAGCGUCAAGCCAGUCUGCGAGGUCAAUUUGGUCAAGUUCAGGAGCUUACAUUGCUGGUGGAGGAGCUGAAGCGGUUGAGGCACCAAGCAAGCGUCCUUGACAUUCUAGGUGGACCAUCAAGUGAACUUUGGAAGGAAGCCGAAGGGAUCAUCAACCUGGCUACUAUUGACGAUGAUGAUGACCACCAUUCACCUCCUGGCUCUCCGUCCUCACUCACAUUCAGCUUUGACGAAUCGGAUGAGGAAGGUCUAGCUGCUUCAUCGAAGCAGAAUAGUGCCGCGUCAUGGCAGGGGAGCCCUCCACAAAACGGGUUACAGCCACCUUCAGCAAUCAGGGCGUCGAAUACAAGCAAUAAUAAUUCUCUGUCAUCGAACACCCAACUUUAUACCUCACCACUUGGAAGACUUUCUAAAGAUUCGCCCAAGUCCGAAUCCGUGGUUGAAUUCAUACAACCUAAUGAGCGACCUGAGCCCUCGACUUUACCGCGCAUUACUACUACUACAUCUCGCCCUCAAAAGCUUCCGUUCGACACUUCGUCUCUCCGAGAUCUUGUGGUUCGUGCGGGAGUGGUCACUCGUGCCCUAAAGGAAGUGAUUCGCAAGGCGGAAGGCGUCGACCCAAAUCCGCAAGAUGUAUUCCCGGCCGAUCCUCCUUUUCGCCAAAUCUUUGAAAAGCCUUCUCAUGAUGAUUUUGCAAGCUUUGAAGCUGCAUUGGCUGAGAUGCAUUAG